UCUGGAGACAUGCCAGCUUGCCUUGUUUUUUUCAACUGUCUGUUUUUCUUAACAACGAGUAGAAAAGUAAGACGAUGGUGGUUAAAAUUUUGGCCAUUUUGCGGCUAACAAUUAAUGUCAUUCCAUUAUUGUCAUCAGAAAUGUUUUUUGUUUUUUAACGACUACCGGUUUAAAUUUGUCAAUUCUUACGCCUAACAGUUAAAAUUUUUUGGCUAUUUUAUAGCUCUCAGAUAACCCCAUUGAGGGUCAAAGAAUGCGUGAAACUCAUACAAUCGGAAGCUUGCUGCUCGAAGGAUCUCCUAUGCUAAAUUCAUGAAGAGGACGAACCCUGGCCUGUGUACAGCCGCCCCAUACCCUAUAAAACAAAGACUUCCCGAGGAGGGUAGGGUGAGGCCGUACGCAGAAGAGCCCCACGAUAACAUAUGGUUGAACUUUGCACAGAAGUCUGUUAAUCUGCAGAGUAAAAACCGAUGCUGCAUUAGAGCAGAAGGAUGCAGAUACUACUCUUCAACUUGUCUUAGCACCUAUCCCCUAUCAUGUCUGUUUUUUUAAUUAACAACUCCACCAAAAACUUGAAAAGAGUUUUCUCCACUAUAUUUUACUUUUGAAUCCCUUAACUAUUUUUGCCAAGAAUUAUAUAUAGCGAUAUGGCUCAGAAAAGGUCAUCCUAUGGCGCUACCGAUAUUUUCCGCUAACUUUUCAUGCGAAUCACCGCUAAAUCCCCAGCCAUAACUACAGUGAAAUUUAAAGAAACAAUUCCCGCUAUUACCAAAUUACAGGAACAUCAGUUAGUCUCCAAAAUACAACAUCUAUUCCUCAUCUUUCGUUACAACGGACACCUUGGAUGCAUUGAAUAACAAAUUCAUGCUUUGUGCUGUCUCGGAAUGUUCACGUUUGACCUGUAAGACACGAUUAUCCAUUAAAGUAAAUGUGUAGUGCGAAUUAAAUGAACUGGUUAUCGUGCAGCAGGAAGCAGUUUAUACUGUGCGUUUUACUUUAAAACCAAAAACUGGAUCAUUUUAUCACCAACCGCUCUUAUAGGCUCUCGCUGUCGUGGACGCCGCAAGGGCCCGCUGUAAGGAGAGUGCAGUAACAGAAGUUGUUUUCCAAAGACUUGAUUUCAAGGUUAUAAUCACGAUAAUGGUUUAAUAGCCAGCGAUAAGAAUAGCCUAUUGAUAACUGGUGAUACUAAAUCGGAUUGCAUAUCUUAAUGAUCGACAAACACUUGAGCCAAGAAGACGUGGUAGCAUUUGAUUUCCCGACGUCUUGCGCCAUUAAAAGGAGUCUUUCUUCAAGUUCACCACAAUGGAGGCGCUUGUUCUUUGACCUUUUUUUUUUUUUUUUUGUCACGUGCAGACCACACCAUUGUUUUCAUUAUUACCUCCUGAACUAGCCUCUUGAAAAGAAUGAAAGCUCGCGUCAUGGCAAAAACCGCACAGAUUAAUUAAAAGUUAAUUUACGAAAACACUUUGCAGUAUGCCUGGCCACGGGCCUAAUAACUGAGAGAUAAAACACUGUUUUAACAUUUGUUUUUUUUGUUUUUUUCUUCAUGCAAAUGACACCAAUCUGCGCGAACAAAAAUUAAAUACUUUCUAUCACCUAUAGCUUUGCGCUGUCGUCGCUUCAACAAUAUCUAACACAAAAACAAAACUGUAAUUUUUCAUCUGGAGAACAGUGCAUGUGAUUCCACACCUGUUGAUAUCGAGAACCGCUCGGUACAUCAAAGUCCACUUUAGACUAAAACCUCGAAUACCCAGAGCGUCGAGAGAAAACUUCCUGUAGUUAAUCUUGGUACACGCUGUGCAUUGAUCAUGGAAAAUUUCUGCAGGCCGCAGCAAUUUACUCCCGAAUCGCGCAAUCAAUGAGAAUGGGUCGUUCAGCUGCACUUUGAAAAACACGCAGCUUGGUUCUGUAUAUUUAUUUGGUGACAGCUUGCCUGGAAGCGCGUACGAAUAGUAAACACAAUUGAACAGAUGAAACGCUGAUUAUUAAGUGACGUCAUUGACCGAUAUAAUUCUCUGGUACACCGGUGCAGGGCAGUCGAUCGAUCAAGGUGUUGCACGAUUGUGGUUUAUUCUAGGGCUGAAGCGUGGUUUGCGCGAUUCUCGUUGCAAAAAAACUGCCACAAAACAACCUCAAAAUGCCACGAUCAUUUCUCGUCAAGAAGAAGCCUGAGAAAGCGACCAGGAAUGCAAUACAUGAUUCAAAACCGAAAGGUCGUCAACUUGACCUCGAACAAGAAGCGCUUCCAGAUUCUUCAUUUAUUACAAGAUCUGUUCUCGAAAACGCACGAAUACAGCCAUGGAUCGAUUUCAAGACAUCUUACUUUUAUCCUGCCGAAGUUACAGCUUACCAUGUGUUCGAUGGUCACGUAUUUACAACGCAAUCAUCACCGAAAUACGAAGAGGCACCGGCAGCUUUGGUGAGCGCAGAAUCGCCGCAAAAUGACAGGAGUAUUUCUCGCGAGAAAAGCCGUACGAUCAAGAAACACCGCUGCCAAGACUGUGAAAGAAGUUUCAACACUCUGACUGCGCUGCGAAAACACCAACAUCCCCGUAAAGAGUUCGCAUGCAAGUACUGUGAAAAGACCUACGUCUCGCUGGGAGCGCUGAAAAUGCACAUUCGCACGCACACGCUUCCGUGUAAAUGCACGAUCUGUGGAAAAGCUUUCAGCCGUCCGUGGUUGCUACAGGGUCACAUCCGCACGCACACGGGAGAGAAACCCUACAAGUGUCCGAGCUGCGAUCGUGCAUUUGCUGAUCGAUCGAAUUUGCGUGCACACCUUCAGACACACUCCGCGGUGAAAAAAUACAGUUGUUCGCAAUGUUCUAGGUCUUUCUCUCGCAUGUCCCUCUUACUAAAACACCAAUACUCGUGCAGAGAUGAAUUGAACUUAUCCUGAAAUUUUCUCCGAAUUCAGAGAUUAAAAACAUUUUGUCCGCAAGAUGUGAGCGAGUUUUUUUCUCCGGAAAUGCUUGUUUUUGCUUCACGUUCUUGCUGAGGAACAAACAUUAUUGCCGACCGCUUAAUAACCCACAAUAUGUGAAGUGAUAGAAGUAAAAAUUUAGUGACAGAAGAUUUCUUAUCGUUUACGUUCUUAUUGUUGAUAGGGCAAAAUCGGAGCAAUCUUACUGAAGAACCAUGAGCGAAGUGUAAAGAGAAGCAAGUUUCUUUGAUCAAAACACGAGCUGCAUUUUUGAUAGACCUAUCAAAAAAAACUAUAGAAAUAAAGCUGUCAUUUGGGACUUAAUUGUAAAGGGUAGAGUUACAUUUAAGGAGCUUUACCAUCACAUUCCUAUUUGAGACCGUGCCCCGCUGCCGGGCAUUUAGCUAUCGCAUUAAAUUUAAUGCCUUACGUUUCAGACGCAACGCAUCUACUGACUUGGAGUGCGUGCGGUCCGAAAUGUUAUUAACCGGUACACUAAAUAAUAUUGUCAAGAGAUUGGAUAAAUAAAUGGAGUUGUAAAAAACA